UCGAAGAGGAAAAAAUUAUGUCAAACAAUCCGACCAGAGACAACUACAGCUCCAAAAUAUUGCAGAAUUGUAGCUGUCAAAAUACAAGUCAAGUCAAAUGUGUGGUGUUGGUGUGAGAGGAAAACAGGACUAAAUUACGGUUUAUUUUAUGAUCUAUGUCUAAUUCAUAUAGAAUUUACUGAAAGUAUUUAUGUCUUUACACGUUGCCGUAACAUAAGAACACUCAUUACUUUUAAAAACUGUUGCGUAAAAAAUGUUAUAAUGGCUACCACCUACGAAAAUUGGUUGAGUCGCAGGAAAGGUAAACAGAGUGAUUUAUAUAAAUUGGAUACUAAGAAUAAAACACCUGAAGAAAGUAUAAAAGAGAUAAUUCAAGGCCUUUAUUUGAAGAAACCAUUCCACAAUGACACCUCUCCCACCAACAAGACUAAUCCUAUGGAGUUCAAGUCAGGUCUUAGAGGCAUGCAGAAAAGUGGAUCUGAUAGCCGUAGACUGUCCUACUUAAAUGCCUUAGUCACACUAUUAUGUAAGGAAGACAGAAGUAACUUAGGGUUCACUCCUGAUGAGCUGAUGACUUGUAUUCGUGUGAGUCUUGUAGAUGAAUCUAUGGUAAUAAGAGCCUCAGCCCUAAGAGUGUUACGAUAUUUAAUCAAAACAGAAAGUGAUGUAGCAACAUUUAACAACUUGAAAUUACCAUUUCUAGUAAUAAGAUCAAUGGAUUUAAUGCUUCGCAAUGAAGAAGAACGAGCGCAAGCUUUGCGUGUAGUGCGGCGGGUUGUAGCUAUUGUGGGGUCAACCCAAGGAGUUCGAAAACAACGCGGCGCGUUUGUAGAACAGGGUUUGUUACGAUGCCUCGCAGCUGUCGCCCGCGCAGCCAGCGCUGGUGACGGUACCGGCGAUCGACUGUCACGACCCGCCAUCGCUACACUUGCUGAGAUCUGUGUUCUCAACCCUGACAUGUUCAUAUCAUGUGGUGGUGUGAAUGCUGUGACGCGCCAGUUGGCAGAAUGUGCGACGCCUCGAAUGGCCGAGGCGCUGUGUGGAGUGUUACUCCACGCACUGAACGACCCCACGUCGCGGAGAUCCGCUCGCAUUGACCUCAUGUGUCUCAGUUCACCUUACUGUGAUUUUCAUUUCCGUCCAGCCGGUACUGAGACUAGCAGAGAUGAACGCGAGAUGCGGUUCACGUGUAGUCGCCUCGCCCUUCUGUGUGUACUGAGAAGUUGGCCGGGGUUGCUCCACUUCUGUCACCCGCGUAGCACUGGAGGGCUGCGCGCUCUAGUCGACGCCCUCUAUCUACCGCGAUUAGAGGUUCGAAAAGCGAUAUUGGAUCUCUUGUAUGAACUAGUCGGAUUGCCACAACCAGAAUGGACAGAUGAGAUUUCUGUAGCUUUAGAUGCAGUUGAUCCAUCUGACUUUCAAGACUCCUGGCGGUUGAACGAAGGUUUCGUUGCCGCUGAAGGCGUUGCCAUAUUACCUCAUCUUGGUGCUACGGGCCCUGAUAUAAUAGAAAUUCAUCUUGCACUUUUACUUCAGUGUUUCUUAGAGGCUGGAUUAUUAGACGGAUUAGCUGAAGUGAUCGUGACAAGUGAUACUUUUAUAUCGGUCCGAGCGACUGUGUUGUUGGGUCAACUAUUGCAUUUAAUACACCUGUAUCUACCUCCUCAAAUAUGUAGUAUAACGCCGGCGCUGCCGACGCUGAUGUCGCAGGCGUCGGCCGGCAAGCCGCAAGCGCUGGCCGCCGUGGCCGCGCUGCGCCGUCUGCACUCCAUGCUCGAGGCUCGCCCGGCCAGUAGCAGCUUGUUCCUAGACCACAUCAUUCAGUAUUGUAGUGGUGCAUUUAGAGAGAAAAUAGAAGAUAUUACUAAAAGUCGAAAAGAAAAAGACAACGCUAGUAUGGUUAAGCCAAAACCAGACGUUUCCCUCCAUAAAGAAAAUAGUAUUGAAUUUUUGAAUGAUUCUGAUAAUGAAAACGAGCCAAAACAAAGGCAUAGUGUUGGCUCGCGGGCCGAUGUUCCUAACAGAAACGUGGGUGCUUUAGUUAAAAGUAAAAGUGUUAGUUCCCGGACUAGUGCUGCAGUCAGUAGAGUUACUAAAACUGCGAAGUUUUUCAAUCUGUUCGAGCGAGACAGCGACAGUUUGAUUAGAUGUACAUUGGUUAUGCAGAAUAAGGAUGGCAACACUUGGAAUUGGGAAAUUAUAAGGACUAUAUUAAAGGAAAACGAUAGCCCUCUUAUAAAUCUCAACGACAGUGGUCACAAAGCGUGGGUGACACGUAUAAUUAAUUACCUGAAGCCAUCUUCCAAUAAGUAUUCUCACACGGAUUUGUCAAGUACUUGCCAUGGCCACUCUGCUACUCGUGCAGGUUGCCAACUAAUCAGGCAUUUAUUGAAACAUAAUGAUCUGGAGUGCCAAAGAUUGCUAGAAGAAUUGUUCUUGGAUGUGAGUCGUCAGAUUGAGGCUAUCGAGACAGGUCUGAAGGCUCACGAGUGUCUGUUCAGUCCACAACACAUGUGCAACACUAUGUGUCAGAUGUACUUCCUAUUUAUCGGGCAACUUUGUCACUCGCAAAACGGUUUGAGGCUAUUUAAACAGACAGGAUUAUAUCAGAAAGCGUCCAGGAAAUCUCGGGAAUUGGUUCGGAGAAAAGCUAAAUUGAAGAAGAACGUUGUGAAUGACCAUCUUAAAACGGCUCAGAAGGAUAAUAGUGAUGGCAACAAUGGUGUUGACAUGGAUACUUGGAUAUUACAAAUGUUGGUCGGACAGAUAAAGGAUGAAUCUAAAGUGGUUGUUAAAACUGCGCUCACGAUUUUGGAAGAAGCUUAUCAUGUGCCUGCUUUUGUGGAAAAGUUAAUAACAAUGAAAGAGACGCUCUGUCAGAAUUGUCACUUGGAUAAAACUACAGAGCCUUCCUCUUUGGAUUUUGGCGCAGUGAGCGACAGAGGAUACCUUCUGUGGUUGAGUCUUGAAGUAGCUGUGGCUGUUCAGUCGGUCGACGCGAAGUCCAUCGCAUUUCUUAAGAAACAUCUCGAUUUCUGGACUAAGUCAUACAAUUAUAGGUACGUGCGGCUGGUGGAGGCGGGCGUGCACGAGGCGCUGGCCAUCCUACAACGUAAGAAAUGCGCUAAUGAACAAGAGGUAGCCGAUAUAAAGGCCUCGUUGUGGGCUGUAGGCAACACUGCAGUGACGUCACAGGGCCUCCACCAGCUCAUGAGCUUGAGCAAUGGGUAUUUGGAGGAUUCCGUCUUGGUACACAUUGUACGGUUGGCCAAGUACAACCCGGUGUAUUCCGUGCGAGCCACCGCGUUUUAUGUACUCGGCCUUAUUGGAAGCACCUACGAUGGUGCUAAUCUGCUUUCUGAUCUAGGUUGGCUAUGUGUUAGACACACUAGACACGAUCAGUUCCCUGUGAUCCCCGACGAGACGUUUUCAACUUUAGAACAAGGCAUAAAUGUCCACUACUACGUGACGUCACCGGAAUGUCGGUACAAUGUAUACGACACAGAAAUGAGUGAACAUUCAGAUCAUACUGAUCAAAGUGUUGCAGAAAGCUUACAUUCGGACACGACAAAGAUUUAUGGUAAAGCUGGGUCUAUAUCUGCGGACAAUUCGGAGAUAAAAGACCAAGAUGUUACUGACCAUAAAGGUUAUACUGACGGGAGAUCGGACAAAAGAAAAUCUCACACGUUGCCUUCACAAAGUUGCUCUAGUUCACACGAGCGGCCUACGUUGUCGGAGUCGAGGACUGUCGAUAUACUCAGAGACUGUUCUACAUACGAUCGUUCUGGCACUCACCGGGUACCCAUGUCAGAGAACAGAUUGGCAAUAGGCAGAAUGAACUCGCUAGAGCAAGCUCAUGAAGGCAGAGUGAGGAAUACUAGUGAAUCCAGUACAAGUGGAGUUAGUAGUUGUGAUUCUUUUCUAGGGAAAUACGCUAUUCCUGACAGGGUUCUAACACUGAGUCCAAUACCGAGCUCGUCAAGUCUGUAUGGCAUGAAGAGCAGUAACAGCUCACAUAGGCCGAAGAUAUCAGAACUACAACGACGCACUUCCACUUCUAGUUUUUCGGGUAAUGAAGUAGCCAGUUCACCUCCAUCUCAGAUGGAUAUGACAGGUUAUGCCACAUUGAAGUCACUUAAUAGGCGGCCAUAUUUGUCUGAAAGCGCUGCAGGGUCGAGUGAAAUGGACGAUUUAAGUUGGUUACUAACGGAUACAAACCGACGUACUAAACCUUUCUCAUCACUAAGAGACAGGGCCAAGUCUACAAAGGAACGAAUGGCGAAAUUGAGUCUAACUUUCAUGUUGUCAAACAAAAGAACCACAAUACAACAUGAGAAUCACAAUACAACUUCCCAUCCUCUGCCACUGGGAGACACGGUGCGCGCGUCCCCCCCGCGUGGUCCCACGCCCCGCCCCCCCGCGCCCGCCGCGCCGCCCCCGCCCCGCCUCGCACACGGACACUCGCCCACCUACAUGGGCAUCUGUCUACCCAGGGACCUUAUGGAACUGUUUCCUAGGGACGAAGAUAUAAAUGACGAGGACACCGACAAAAGUGAUCACACGAAGCGCGAUCGUCUGCCAUCUUUCCUAGUAGACACGAGUAGUGCGAGUACAGAGAACAAGUCCCGCGCCACACCUGAUAGUCAAAAACUGGCUUCUCAUAAAGCCAGUUCAACCACAAUAGCAGUUCAAAUUCACAGAAUGAAUUCGGACAAAGCGGACACUAACGCCGACACAUCAAUCACAAGCGAAACGUGUGAAACUAAUUCUCGAGUUACCAAAGAGAGAACGAAACGGGUUGUCGCCACUGUCAAUGCAGACGAGACUGGGAAUAAAACACCUAGCAAACUUGAGAAAAUAGCCAAUGAAAAUAAGGAAAAUGUAGAUAGUAUAAGUACUGGGAUAGAGGCUCAGGAUACGGGCCAAAUUAAUCAAGAUCCAACUGGGGCUAGGCCUGUUGAUGGUGAGAAUAUGGCCCCAAGUGCUACGGAAGGACCAGUGAGCAUUGGUUCCUCUUCGUCCAGUAGAAAAUGGAGGCAUAUUUCAGCAGAUUGCCUAGCGUGCGUCCGGACCCGCCCCCCUUCGUCACAUGAGUUACGUGAAGCAUUUUUUGCUGGUAUGGAUGCUUCUGGUGUGUAUGCGUCGGAACCGCGCAGUCCGACCAACGAAAAACCUACAGUCGACCGGAACUCCGGCCCACAAGCAGAGCUGUUGCAUCAAAUACAUUUCAUGUCCAAUCCUAUACAUUUGAGACAGGCUCGCUCAGUGCUGCUGUCGAUGAAACAACGCCACCCCGAGGUGUUCCGUAGUCCGUGUGUAUACUCUGACGUCAGUGCCUUGCUGGCAAGAGACACAUACAUGUUGUGCGCGCGACGGUUCGUCCAGGAACUGUUCCUCGACACUUCGUUCGAAUGUUUCGCUUCGGAGCCACUCAUGGUGAUGGCGCGCCACGGCGUGGCGUCGCCGUCCGCGAGUGUAGCUCCUCCUAUACGCCAAUAGUAUUUCGAUGAACACAAACUUGUAAGGUCGCGGACUCAUAUUUAUGUAAAAAUAUAUGGACCCCAUUUCGAAAGUAUUUUCUUUCACUUUAAGUGUUGUCUGCUUUACUUUCUUAAUAAAGUCGCAGAGUAUUGAACGUUAAAUUCGACAUAGUCGCCAACGAGUUUUUGACGUUAACGUUUUCGUUUCGUCUUGUGUGAAAAGUUUAAGAAACAAAAGUUCCACAUCGAUGUACGAGUGUACGGAUUUGGAAUGAAAAUAUACGAAACCGUAACUGUUCGUGAGACUUGAUAUUAUUUUUAUACAAACUAUUGUAACAUAGAACGUGUUGUUCUAUGUGUUGUAAAUAUUUACACGAUUUGUCCAGCCUUGGUAGUAGUUCGCUACCUUACACGGUUCACUACGGCUACUACUGAUGUCUUACUUUAUGCAGGUUUUGGUAAUUUAUAAGGUACUAAUUUAAUUUUUUUUCUGACUUACUGUUAUUUUAUUUUAUAGCACUUGUAUGGAUUUGAAUUAAUAUUAUAGCACUUUAAUAUAGAUAGGUUACCCUUAAAUAUUAAUGUAAAAACUAGUUAUCUACGAUCUAACGUUACACAACAGUCUUCAAUUAGUAUUAGAAGUUAUUGUUGCAGUUAUACAUGUAAAAUAAUGCUAUUUAUAUUAUUUUAUAAUGUAGGUCUUCCGAUAUUAUCGGAUGGAUAUGAAAAUAUAAUUAUGCGCUUUUGAAAAGUGUGCGUAGGUUUUGUAAAUCAGUAAGUUUUCAUUUAUAGGAUACAGUAUAUACUUGUAUGGUAUACAAGUAAUGAUAAUGUAUAUAGAAAUAUUUGUUUAGCGAGGUUUUAAAUGAACGUGGAAUAACACUUAUGCCACAUUUUUUCGUUGACUUUUGUAUAUAUCACUACUUUAUAAUAUUAUACAUUUUAUAAACAAACAAUGGACACUUCUGUUACAAUAACAAUAAUUAUCUAAUUAUAGUAACAUUAAAAAGCCGUGUGUCAUGCCAUGUUCAUGGAAAAUCUACAAACACAAGCAAAUAACACUAUUAGCACAAUAGACUAACUAUAACAUCCCUGAAUAAACAAAAUUGUAGCUUUAUGAUAAAAGUGUAUGAAUGCCUAACUAAUUAUGUAGAUGGGAUAAAUUCCGCUAAUUGCCAAGAUCUUAUUAAUUACCUACAAAUAAGUAAUCGAAAUGUGAAAAUGCCGAAUUUCUGUUUUUCUAACAAAUGUUUUUAAUUUAUUUUGUAUAAGCGCCUGAAUUGACGUGAUUGCCUUAAUGUUAUUGUUUAGUGAAUUAACGAAACUAUAAAUUUGCUAGUCUCACAUAAUGACAAUAGUUACUGACCCAGCCGACUGAAUAUUGCACCAUUCCCACUGACUCCAUAGUUUAUUAUAGCGUACCUAUUCUCCAACCCACCUGAUACAACGAUACGAUAUGUUCCCUAGUUUGAAGCAUAUUACUGUAGUUAUAAAUACCUACUACAACCUUGUGUUCAUUAUUGUACUAAAGUCUUAUGUUUGCAUUUAAUAGUACUUGUUUCUCUUUUUUCAUUGUUGUUAUUUAUGGAAACUCGAUCAGAAUAGCAAUUUAGUUGUACGUUACAUGAUAUUAUAAGUAUUAAUACAGAGCACGCCGGAUGUCACACGUGACUACUUGUUAUGUAUCCUUUGUUAAUGUUCAAUAAUAGUGUGUAAUCCGAAGUAGAAGUAAGUAUACCACUCGUGGAUUGUUAUCGAAGAGUAAAACUGUCAGACGCAGCAGUAUUUAUAGAGGGAAGUUCUUGUAUGCUAACUAGUUUAUUAAUUUAUGCAUCCUCGAUAUCCUGCAUUUAUGAGACUGUAACAUUUAAUAUGAAUAUCAAAUAAUAACCUCGUAUUAAUGCUACUCUCCUGUUAAAUACUAGUUCUAAGAGUUGAUUCUGAUGCCGAAUAAAUAAAACUGUAAUUUUCGAAAUUCGUAAUUGCAUAUCGAAUUAAUUUAUCUUUAGUAAAAGAAUGAAUACGAAAAAAGUGCCAUCGUGCUGGUUCCUUUCAAUUAUAUUAACAUGUUACAUUACUCUUAAGUACCAACCUUCUAUUAUGCCACUUCAUUACAAUAAAUAUAUUUUAUAAAGUAUUCGUUGUGUUUCAUUUUUUAAACAAAAUAGGGUAGUUGCCAGAUUAUAAAAAUUAAAAAUCUAAUUAGUCCAUGAG